AAAUUGCCGCGACGCGCCGUAGCCGUCAUUCCGUCUUUUCUUUACCACCCGUCGCAAAACCCGAGCACCGUCCGAUUGACCGCGCACGCGAUUCGAACCCGCCCCCCGGACCCGCCGACCGCAUUCAUGCGCCGACCGCCCCGCCGUCAUCCAUGACUACUCUCGUACGGACUCGCCAGCCGCUACAAGUCUUGAGCAUGAGCAACCAGCCGGAGCGACGGCAAAGCAGACGCCUCGCCAGCACCGCACUGCCCCUCCUGCCAUCGCGCCCGCUGCCGAGCAGCCAGGAAGAGACGACGACAACGACGACGACGACAAAGACUAGGGGUAGGAAGCGGAAGGAUGCCGAUGUGCCCUCCUCUUCCUCCGCAGCUCCGGGAGUUUACGACGAGCAAGACGGCGAUUUCCUGUUCACGCGAGGGUCGAAGCGGGCCAAGACGGCGCCCGUGCCAGAGGAGGACGAGCUAGGAGAGGAGCCCGCGCCAGCGCCAGUACCGGUGAAAAAGAGCGUGGGGAGACCGCCGAAAGGAGGGGCGAGACGACGAGCUUCACCACCGGCCCCGGCCCCUGCCCCGGCCCCUGCCCCGACACCACAACCUGCGCCAACGAGGUCAAGGGCCGCAGCAGCGACAGCAGCAGCCUCAACGACGAGGAGGGGAUCAAAACGGAAAUCGAGCCCAGAUACCGCGCCACCGCCAGAGGAGGAUUUGGUGGUUCCAAAGUCGAAAACACGGCGGAAAUCGCGUGAAUCGACGGCCGGGAGGAAACCGCAGCCCAAGGGGACGAGAGCUUCAAAGGUGAAUGGGACAUCGCGGAGGAUAGAACAUGAAGAAGCAGCAGAAGACUACGAAGACGAGCGGCCGCGCCCUGCCGGGCGCAAGGAAGCAACACCCAGCUCCGCCGGGCCGCAACCACAAUCCCAGAUGAUUGCCCUCCCCUUCAGCGACACGCCCAUCAUCAACCGCAACAAGGAGUUCCGUAAGAAGGGCGGUGCGAGCGGUGGCCGGCGCAGCAGCCUGGGGAUGCGCGGGCGGCGGGCCAGCUCGCUGAUCGAAAACGGGCACACCGCGCUGCCGCACCGCGAGGUCGACCCGGCCGAGUUCUACAAGUACAUCUCGGCCGAGGGGCUGAGCGAGCCGCGGCGGAUGAAGCAGCUGCUGGUCUGGUGCGGAGAGAGGGCAUUGAGCGAGAAGCCGCCACAUGGGAGGCCAGGGUCGAGUGCUAUUCUAGGGGCACGUGCGAUACAAGAUCAGCUCCUCAAAGACUUCGGGGCGCGAUCCGAGUUCUCCGACUGGUUUGCGCGGGAAGACGCGCCCAAACCACCCAUCCCCGUCGUCCUGCAACCCAACCCGCGAAACGUCGACUACGACGCCAAAAUCGCCGACCUCGAGGCCAAAAUCGAACGCCUAAAAGCCCAAAAAUCCGCCUGGCAAUCCAUCGCCACGCCCCUCCCAACCAUCGGGCCCCUCUACCCAGACCCGGACCCGCGCAAGGCGCCCCUGCCCGACGCCAACCUGCUCGAACCGUCCGAGGCCGCCAUCCUCGCCUCCCUCACCAGCCCGGAGACCGCCUUCGGCUCCUUCAAGCGGCAGGCGCGGUCGCGGCUGCAGAACGCGCAGGCCGCGCUCGAGUUCCGCGUCGACCGCCUCGCCGACGGCGUCCACAAGCUCGACAUGCGCGUCGCCACCGCGGGGCGCGAGGCUGACGCCGUGCUGGCGCUGAGUGCGGCGCGGUUGCGGGAGCGGGAGGAGAGGGAGAGAAAGGCGGUUGGGGCGGCGGGGGUGAGUGUGAUGGAGGUGUUGAGGAGUUUGGGGAGGAUUUUGCCCGAGGGGGGGUAGCUUUUUCUCUCUCCCUUUGAGUGUGUGUGGGGGUGUGUGGGAAUGGGAAUGGGAGGUUUGCAAUGAUGAGAUAAUGAUAUUUUGGGUGUUCUGGCUGUUUUUCUUGUUGCCGAGGUCGCUUUUCUCUCUUUUUCUUUUGCUGUGUUUGUUUGCUUCGGUGGCGGGCGGCAUAGCGGUGUUUGCUACGGCGUUUUUGCACGGCAGGGGAGGGAGGGUGAUGGGACCG